AGAGCAGUCCGGAUUGUGUGUCGAGGUGCACGUGUGUUGGCAUCGGCGGAGGCGGAGGAGGAGGAUGCUCGUAGACAGCCCGACACGAGCCGCAGCCGAGCACUACAGCACCGAGCCGUGUAGCGACACAAGGGCCAGCGAAACUAAUCUGCAGGCCCGUCCAGCGAACAAGCAUCAAUCGUUUUUAUGAGCAAAACCGAUCAAUCAGGUCGCGGUUAACCUUCGGAAAAACGCGGAAGUGUAAUUCACCGUCAGCGCUGUUUUGACUUAUUAUCCGUGACAACAUGGCUGAAUGUAAUGUUAGCAUUGACCAGAAAAACCUGCCUGGAGUCAAAGAGGUGUGCCGUGACUUUGCUGUGCUUGAGGACCACAGCCUGGCAUACAACCUCCAAGAGCAAGAAAUUGAGAGCCACUUGGCCUCGAAUGUCCACAAGAGCCGUCUGGUGCAACAGGAUCUGCAGGUGGCCAAGAGACUUCAAGAGGAAGAGGAUCUGAGAGCAAAAGCUCAGAGCAGGAGGCUACAGACUGAUAUUGAGCGUCAAGACACUGAAAUUGCCCAUGAGAUUCAGGAAGAACUGGUCCGACAGGCCGAGCAGCAGCGACAGCAAGAAGAGAAGGAUGCUGCCAUAGCUCGAAAACUCCACGAGAAGGAGAUAAAAGAGGAGAGGAAGAGGCAGAAGCAGCUGGAAACUAACUUUGAUGAUGAAUACUUUGAGGAUCAAGGAGGCAGUGGAGAGGUGGUGGCAGAAACUGAUUACAGAUUGACUGAAGCCACAAAGGGACUGACCAAACUGGACAUCCAUGAGCAGGAGCUGAAGGACCGAGAAGUGGCCAGGAAACUCCAGGAGGAAGAGCUCAAGACAAACAGUACAAUUUCACGUGCCGCUCAAGUUGCACAGGAUGAAGAGAUUGCUCGCCUGCUAAUGGAACAAGAGAAGAAAGAGUACAAAAAACAGCGUGAGAGAGAGAAAGAGAGACAACGGGAGAAGGAGAGAGAGAGAGACAGAAUGGCAGUUGAGAGAAAGAGACACGAAGCAGAGUAUAGGCCAAAUUCAGAGGAAGUAGUUCGACCAAGAACACGAGACGAAUAUGAAUACCAGAGACAGAAGAACCACAACAAACCUGUCAGGCCUCCUCAGCCUCGACCGCAUGAGUAUGCAAAUGUAAAUCCUGCUUACAGCUAUCCAGAUCAGCCCCUCCCUCCUCGGGCCCCCACCAGACCUGAGCCUACGUCCAGAGGUGCCUAUUACAAGCGGUGACUCAGGCUCUUGCCCAGACAUGCCGUCAGUUCUGCCCCUUAUUGUAUUCAACUGUUUCCUCGCCAUCUACUCACAUGCUUGACCAAAAGUCUGGGGACAAUCUCAUGUGGUGGCAGUGGGACAGUAGUUUUCAUCAAAAGUAGAAUUAAAUCGAGGGGGUCUCUGUACAUUCUUUUUAAUUUUGUGCAUUUUUAUAAAAAUAAAUUAUACAUUUUUAUGGAGGAUUGAAUGAGGCAUCUAUAACGAAUAGACUUCCACCAUUCCUUUUUGUCGAGUAUUAUUUGUUUAUUUGUGAGUUUUUGAUUUCAUGGGAUGUGCCUCUUUUCUCCAACAUGGCUGCCUUGUUGUCUUAACAACCACGGCAGCUUCUUGUACAGGCCAUAACCAUGUGCCAUUUAGUCCACUUGGAUAGACUUUCUUACUCACACAGUUUGAUUUUAAAGGUGCUGGCUGUGUAGGCAUUGACCAGUGCUGGAAUGUGGGGCAUUACAAACAUCAUUGGUCUGUGAGGGCUCUGUCUGUUAGUAUGUGCAUGCUUAUUGAAACUGUACAACUGUGUACAUGCAUUUCAGCUCUGUUAAUGCACUCUAUUAUUAUUAUAUACAAAGGGCUACAGCCACAAAAGCCAAUAGUCUUAACUUUAUGGAAAAAUAUACUUCUGUUCUGCUAUUACUUCAUAUCAUGCUGUUGUUUACAAACCAAAUCCAGUUUCUGUUUGACACCAGUAUAAAAUGGGAUGCAUGUACAUGACCGUGUGAAAUCUGUUUGUGCCAAAGGCAUAAAUGCAAUGGAGUAGUUGAUCAUGUAUUAUUUAAAUGUAAAUAUCAAAUUCUGUUUUAUUUGUAUUAAUCAUGUCUUUUAAUAUAAAUUAGAUUAUUUUGAUCUUUAAGAUUUAGUCUUUAUUUUUAUUUUGUUGGUCUUCCUGAAAAAAUCCCUCCAACUUUACUUUUGUUUCUUUGUUACAAGUAGGGUUUUACUUCCUGCCUGCUGAGAAAACAAACAUUUGCACAAUAGGGAUAAACAGGGAAGUCAGUCUGGGAUGUGCAGGAAAGGAGUGAAAAUAUAAAAAUGUUUGGUCUUUAUUGUAGAAUUUUCUGUUCAUAUUGAAUAUAAAAUUUAAUUGGAGUUCAGAGCUCUUGUAUUUACUGACACUGAGCAGUCUUACAGAAGUGAAAUGAAUACAUGUCGAUGAAUGGUCUGUACUUUUGGCCCGGUCCAUUGUGAUACAUGUGUGUGCUGAAGACGUGCUGGUGUUUUAUACUGUAUGUGCUAAAUGCUGUUGAAUUCACGGGUUGUGCCAUACGCUUCAUUCAGGGACUGAGGUGAACAUUGUAGUAGUGGCUGUAGCAGAGCUGUCACUCUUAAAGAGCAAGAGUGCUUUCUUUUUUGUUAGAGCGUCACCUAGUGGACACUGUUGAUCAAAGCUGUAAAUUGUGCAUCGGAUGUAAGUGAGUGUAAAGUGUUAUUUUACCCAGAGCUUGUAUGCAAUUUAUACCAUGAACUAUAACAUAAAUGAACAGUGUCACAUUCUGAAACUAGAGUUUAGUGAAAGGAAUUCAGACUCUUGCAUAGCAUCUCAACAUUCAGUAUAAUAAAAUGUAACUGCAUUUA